AUGAAGGGAAUUUUAGUGAAAGAAGAAGAAACAGUAGCAUAUACAAAUGCUGGUGCAUCCCCAAGUUCAUCUUCCUCUUCCAAUUCAAAUCUUCAACCAAAACCAAUGGAAGGGUUACACGAAACAGGUCCACCUCCGUUUCUCACCAAAACCUUUGAUGUCGUUGAAGAUCCUUCCACCGAUGGAAUCGUUUCGUGGAGCAGAGCUCGUAAUAGCUUCGUCGUUUGGGACCUCAAUAAAUUCUCAACUGCGAUUUUGCCUCGUUACUUCAAACAUAGCAAUUUCUCUAGCUUCGUUCGUCAACUCAAUACUUAUGGUUUUAGAAAAGUUGAUCCGGAUCGAUGGGAAUUUGCGAAUGAAGGGUUUUUAGCUGGGCAGAGGAACUUGUUGAGAACAAUCAAGAGAAGAAGAAAUUUAGCACAGUCGCCGUCUAUGCAACGAGAAAGUGGUGGUGCUUGUAUUGAAUUAGGAGAGUUUGGUCUUGAAGGUGAGAUUCAGAGGCUGAGAAGAGACAGAUCGGUUUUAGUGGCUGAAAUUGUGAAAUUGAGGCAGCAGCAGAAUAAUUCAAGGGAUCAGUUAUCUGCUAUGGAAGCUAGGUUGUUGAUUACUGAGAAGAAACAUCAACAGAUGAUGGCUUUUCUUGCAAAAGCACUCAGUAAUCAAUCUUUUGUUCAGCAAUUGGCGAACAGCAAAGAGUUGAAAGGUGUUGAAAUGAAGCGAAAGAGGAGGCUCACUGCUAGUUCAAGUUUGGAGAAUUUGCAUAAUGAUUCCGUGACGAUGAUGACAGAGCCGAUUGAAUCUGUGGUGGAUUAUUCUAGUCAAGAACAACAAGAGGGUUUGUCUGCUAUUGAGUCUGAGAUAGAGACAUUGUUAAGUGCUUAUGAUAAUGAAUCAAGGAGUGAAGUCAAAGAUUAUGCAUCAUUGAGUUCAGUUCCGAGUGCUAAUGAGAGUAAUUUGAGUGAUUGGGAGGAAUUACUGAACCAAGAGUUGGUUGGUGGGAAUCCAGAGGAUGAAGUUUUUAUUGGUGAUUCCUCACAAAUUGAUGCGCCGGUUGAGGAUUUGGUAGAAAAGAAUGAUGAUUGGACUGUGGAUUUGCAGAACCUUGUUGAUCAAAUGGAUUUUGAACCUUGUUGA